AUGGCUGGAAACUUCUGGCAAAGUUCUCACUAUCUGCAGUGGGUGCUGGACAAGCAGGACCUCACAAAGGAACGUCAGAAGGACCUCAAGCUCCUCUCGGAGGAGGAAUACUGGAAGCUGCAGAUCUUUUUUGCCAAUGUCAUUCAGGCUUUGGGAGAACAUUUGAAGCUGAGGCAACAGGUUAUCGCCACUGCGACUGUCUACUUUAAACGCUUCUAUGCAAGAUAUUCCCUGAAAAGUAUUGACCCUGUUCUCAUGGCACCUACAUGUGUUUUCCUAGCAUCAAAAGUGGAGGAAUUUGGAGUUGUUUCCAACACAAGGCUAAUCUCCGCGGCAACAUCUGUGUUGAAAACACGAUUCUCCUACGCCUUUCCGAAGGAGUUCCCAUACAGGAUGAAUCACAUACUAGAGUGUGAGUUCUACCUGUUAGAGUUGAUGGACUGCUGCCUGAUUGUGUACCACCCGUACCGCCCGCUCCUGCAGUACGUGCAGGAUAUGGGUCAGGAGGACAUGCUGUUGCCGUUGGCCUGGCGCAUCGUCAAUGACACGUACAGGACCGACCUAUGUCUGCUCUACCCUCCCUUCAUGAUCGCCCUAGCUUGUCUGCACGUGGCCUGCGUGGUGCAGCAGAAGGACGCCAGGCAGUGGUUUGCAGAGCUUUCAGUGGACAUGGACAAGAUUCUGGAGAUUAUCCGUGUUAUCCUCAAACUGUACGACCAGUGGAAGAACUUUGAUGAUCGCAAGGAAAUCGCCGCCGUGCUCAACAAGAUGCCCAAACCCAAACCGCCGCCUAACAGCGAGAACGAUCAGAGCUCCAACGGCAACCAAAGCAACUCGUACAGCCAAUCAUAG